AUGGAAUGGUUCAACAAAUUGGAAGGAGAACCAAAAACGAAAGCAUUAGAAUUAAUGCAGACUGGAUGUCGAGAACUUCUAAAAAUCAUACUUGGGGAAGACAAAGCUAUUGAAGUUAAAAACAUGAAAGAAGCUGGAACUGAUAUAAAUUUAAUAAGUAAUAAAAUAAAUGAAUGGAUUAAUGAAUUGAGUGAAUCUAGCCAUUUACGAAAAUUGGCAGAAGAAUACAAGCCUGUUUGUAGACAACUUUUUGGGGUUGGAGAGAGAUCUGUGAGCAGAAAGAGGCGUUCCUGGAAGGAUAUUUAUGGGAAGAAGAAGUUAAAUAAUAGAUACGACGAUGAAGAGGAGGGAGAGGAUGGAGGAUACUCAAACCCGAGAGUGUCUAAUAUUGAAGAUAAUGAAGAACAAACACAGACGGAUAUUGGGUUAGUUUUUUGGAUUUUUGAAAGGUUAAGGCUUCCUUCCAAUUCUAUGAAUAUUUUUCCUUUUUUGACUGUGAUUUCUUAACUUAAAAAGGUAUCUAAAAACGAAAUCAGCCAAUAAGAUACCUUAACUCGCGUAAAGUUUCUAAUAGAAUACCGAGUCACUUUCAAAAGGGGUAUUCUAUUAGUGAAGGCAUUAUAGUGGUUGGGGAGGGGGUUAAUAUAUUUUAAUUGUACUGAUAUUAAUAUUAAGGUUGUCGUAUC